CGCAAGAGCAGAGACUUAUAUGAGCGUUAUGUGCGUCGUAUGGAGAUACAGAUUAGCCGUAUCAAUUCUUUUGGUUUUGGUAGUCUGUGGUGCGUAUGCGUCAGAUGGUGCACAACCAAUUGGAAAAGUUUUUUCACGCGGAAACCACUGGGCAGUAGGCCACUUAAUGGGCAAGAAAAGUACAGAUGAGCAACGCAGACUCGAGGACCCAGGCGGCGAUGUCGAGAGGUUUGUAGACCAGCACGACAUGGAUCCUCUUUUCCUGAGCGCCCUGGAAGCGCUCGUAAGAGGACGGACGGAACAGAGGAGCGCGCAAGGGAGCGCGCGGGAGACUGGCGCGUCACAGCUGCUCCUUCGGCUGCUGGCAACUGCACGUCAGUGGGAGGAAGAUCAAGAGAUAGACAGACAACUUAAACAGGAGGAGCAGUUAUUUUUACAAGCUUUCGGUAUUAAACCUUGAUCAAGCUGAGGACAAGCUUCUACACAAAUGCCUUUAAGACUGUGUUUUGAAGUUCUUGAAAAUGACAUCAUCACUAUCAGAAAUGAAUCUCUGUAUCCAACACAAUAUAUACAUAUGCAUGCUAUAUUUUUGUAUGUAAAACUCUAUAUUACAUAACUCAUCGUUACUAUUCUUCUGUAUAUUUUAUGCUUAUGUUUUAUAUGA